AGCGUUUCCUUCUCCGGCGAUCUUCUUCUUCUUCUUCUUCGACUCACAUUGCACCGUCUCUCACUCGAUCCAUCGUGCUUUCAGGGACACUCAUUUUGGAAACAUGCCAGGCCAGAAGAUUGAAACGGGUCAUGAGGACAUUGUCCAUGAUGUCCAAAUGGAUUACUAUGGAAAGCGAAUUGCAACUGCCUCGUCUGACUGCACCAUCAAGAUAACUGGCGUUAGCAACAACGGUGGAUCGCAGCCACUAGCUACAUUAACUGGGCACCGUGGUCCAGUCUGGGAGGUCGCGUGGGCACACCCUAAAUUUGGAUCAAUGCUAGCUUCAUGUUCAUAUGAUGGUCAAGUCAUAAUCUGGAAAGAAGCCAACCAGAACCAAUGGACCCAAGAUCAUGUCUUCACAGACCACAAAUCUUCAGUCAACUCCAUUGCAUGGGCUCCUCAUGAUCUCGGACUAUCCUUGGCUUGCGGGUCAUCUGAUGGCAACAUUUCGGUUUUCACAAUCCGUGCUGAUGGUGGCUGGGACACAACAAGGAUUGACCAAGCGCAUCCCGUUGGAGUCACUUCAGUCUCAUGGGCCCCAGCCACAGCGCCUGGUGCUCUUGUGAGCUCUGGUCUGCUCGAUCCGGUGUACAAGCUAGCUUCUGGUGGAUGUGAUAAUACCGUGAAAGUGUGGAAGCUCUCAAACGGGUCGUGGAAGAUGGAUUGCUUUCCAGCUCUUCAAAAGCACACUGAUUGGGUCCGUGAUGUGGCUUGGGCACCAAAUUUGGGUCUCCCAAAGUCCACCAUAGCUAGUGGUUCCCAAGAUGGGAAAGUUAUCAUAUGGACAGUGGGAAAAGAAGGUGAGCAAUGGGAAGGAAAGGUUCUCAAGGACUUUAUGACUCCCGUGUGGCGGGUCUCGUGGUCGUUGACCGGUAACUUGUUGGCCGUGUCCGACGGAAACAAUAACGUGACGGUGUGGAAAGAGGCUGUUGAUGGAGAGUGGGAACAAGUUACUGCUGUGGAGCCUUAGGUUUUUGAUGCCUUGCUAUCUCUCUGCUCUUACCUUUAAGAAACUGAAUUAAACACU